AGUCAUAAUCAUCACUUUAAUAAAAUUUUUUUACUUUAUGUCUCAAAAGUAAAUUUAUAUCAUUGAAAUUUCGUAGUAUUGAAAUAAAUUUUCGGAAUAGGUUCUUUAAUAAAUUUACUAGUUCGUUGCAGUUUUGACUACGAUUACUUUUGGAAUAAUUGAACCGAUAACACAAUGGGACUGUUUGGGCAAAAUUCGCCAUUUGAAGCUGACAUUGAAAAGGCAACAAGCGAAAAAAAUACAUCGGAACCAUGGAAUUUAAUAAUGGAUAUAUGUGAUAAAGUGACAUCGAAUCCUAAAAAUGUCAAGGACUGUUUAAGAAGUAUUUUGAAAAGAAUUGGACAUCAAGAUCCACAUGUAGUUCUUCAAGCAAUUACAUUAUUAGAUGCUUGUGUUAAAAAUUGCGGCAAACAAUUUCAUCUUGAAGUCGCGUCUAGAGAAUUUGAAACAGAAUAUAGAAAAUUACUAAUGAAGGCUCCACCGCCAGUUGCAGCAAAAAUGCGCCAAACAAUAAAAAAAUGGAAAGAUAACGAAUUUAAAAAUGACCCUCAGUUAGCCUUAAUUCCGUCGUUUUAUCAAAAACUUAAAUCCGAAGGACAUGAUUUUUCAGAACAAAAACAACCAAAACCUACUGCCGCUCAAGCAGCUGCAUUGAAGGAUCCAAAUAUUGUAACCAGUCAGCAAGAGGAAGAAGAUAUUGCAAAGGCUAUUGAGUUAUCUCUAAAAGAAACUAAAAAUAGUCCAAAAAAACAAGUACCCGUAUCUUCAUCUACUACAAAUACUUAUCCAUCAUUAUAUCCAUCUUUCUCUGGAUCUCCUCGAGCAAUAGGAAAUUCCGGAAAUUCAUUAUCCUCUGCUUCAUCCACUGUUGAACCGCGUAAGGUUAGGGCACUAUACGACUUCGAAGCAGCUGAAGAAAAUGAAAUGACUUUCGUAAAAGGAGAAAUAAUUCAUGUACUGGAUGAUACUGACCCAAAUUGGUGGAAGGGACACAAUCAACGCGGUCAGGGACUGUUUCCAUCAAAUUUUGUAACUGCAGAUUUAAGCGUAGAACCUGAACAACUGGAUUUAAACCAACAACAAAAAUCUAAGAAAGUUCAAUUUGAAGAUGAAAUAAAUUCUGUCAGUGCUAGCAAAAAAGAUGAGAAGACUGAUUUAUUAGCAACAGAUUUGGAAAAUUUAACAAUUCAAACGGAAAUAAAUGAAGAAAAAAUUGAUAGAUUAUUACAUUUAUUACACGAAGCUAAUCCUGAAGAUCCUUCAAAAGAUACUGAUGAGAUGUUGCGGUUGGAAGAAGAAGUUAAUCAAAUGGGACCUUUAAUAGACGCUGAGCUAGAGCUCGUUGAUAGGAAACAUGCUCAAUUGACACAAUUAUCAAGCGAUUUAGUUGAUGCUAUAAACUUAUAUCAUACAUUAAUGAGAGAACCACCGAUUUCUUCUCCGGCUCACAUGAAUUAUUUUACAAAUCCAAUGGCAACAAAUAUGUAUAAUCAACCUCAACCAAAUAUGUAUAAUCCAUCUCAACCUAUACCGAUGCAAUUUGGGAUGCAACCUGUGUUUCACAUGCCUGGAAAUAUCGGUGGAAAUCAGGCUAUGGCCCUACCAUUAAUGCAGCAAAUACCUGCACCAAAUAUAGCAACUAACUCCAUUCCUGCAAUGAUUACAGGAACUCAGCAGCAAAUUCAUCAUAAUAUACCAGGAGCUUUUUAUGAUAAUUCAAACAUAAGUAAUCAACAAAUGCAACAAUUACAACAGAACCAACAUCAAAUUAAUGCUGUACCUUACCAAAAUGAUCAACGUCCUAACAAUAUCCAAAAUACGCAACAGCAAAUACACUCUUUGCAGCAGAUACAACAGGGAUCGGCACCUCAAUCUGUUACAAACAAUCCACUAGGGCAACAGGGUUAUAUGCAACAAACUGGUCAACCAGUUACUACUGGAACUGCAAUUUCUCAUCAACAAAUGAUGACCGGACCCUCGCCACAGCAUAAUAAUAUUUUACAACAAACGCAAGUCCAAAACCAACAAUUGGCUGGACUACCAACAAAUGUUGUUAAUCAGCAGCCAAUUCCACUAGGAUCAAUGCCAAUAGGAAAUAAUGGAGCUUUACAAGCAAAUUCUCAAAAUAUGGUUCAACAUUCAAAUGGGAUUUGUAGUAUACCUGUAGGAACGUUAAGUCAUAUUAAUUCAAAUAUCAAUAACACUAUCAUACCAAAUCCGCAAAUGCAACAUACAAUGCAAGCCAGUUCAAUAAAUUCAACUAUGCCACAUUUAUCUAACCCUACGCAAUUUUCGAUCGGAAUGACUCAAAAUUUAAACCAAAAUAUGUUAAUGCAAAAUGAUACUAAAACAAACAUUCCUAUUUAUCAACAGCGAUAAAAACAAAAAGAAAAAAAAUUAAUCGCAAAGUACAUUUUUCUUUAUCUUUCAUAUAUUAAUUAUCGAUUCAUUAUACUAAAAAUAAUUGUAUGCUAUCCUUCCUCUUUGUGAAUAUUUUUGAAAUUUAUUUGUUUUUACUCAAAUUAAAUUUCAAAAUUUAAAACUAGUUCUACAUUUAGUGGGAAAGCAUAAUAAUUAUUUAUUUCAUUCACAUUUCAUCAAAAACCAUUACACAAAUAGUUCAUUUUUUGAAAUGUGGCAACAGAAAUAUAUUCUAUUUAGCAUAUUGUACAAUAAUUGUAAAUCAAUUCAAUUUAUGUAUGCAUUGAAUUUAUGUAUCGUGAUCAUCUAGAAUUGCAUUGUGAUAGUAUCAUUGAGAGGGAAUAGUGAUUAAUUUUUCGAGAAAAUAGGUUGAUGCAAUAAAAUAUAUUUUGCAGUUUUGUAGGAAAAAUAAAAAAAUUCUUAACAAAAAUUCUUAAAAUCAAAUUAAAAAAUUCGUUAAAUUAAUAUCAAUAAUCAAUUUACAAUAAUUAAUUUAAAAUUCUUAUUUAAACGUUAAAGACAGCGGAUAAAAUAUUAGAGCAUACAUGCCUGUAAUUAUUGAUUUUAUAUAUUUUUAAACAAGGUAAUAAUAAUUUAAUAUAUAAAAAUAAACGUUUUGAAAAAAGUCAUAUUUUUUAAUUUUAAUAUGAAAAUGAAAAAUAUAUAUUUAAAUAUACAUAUUUAUAACAAUAACAAAAAUACGCAAUUAUUAUAUAAACAAAAAAGAAACUUGAAUGGAUUUUCGGAACGCAUGAUGGGUCGUCUGUUAAUUUUUAGAACAAGGAAAACAUAAAAUAAUAUUCUUUAAAUUUUCAUGAAAAAUAAAAUAAAAAUUUAUUGUAUAUACAUAUAAAUACAUAUAUCAAUAUUAUAACAAAAAAUAUUAUGUAUUUAAAAAUUAUAAACUGAAAUAUGCGUGAAAAUAAAAUUAUUAAUUAAUACA